AUGACUAACGGUUUUGUUGGCUUACAAAGAAAACUUAUUUCCAAGCUCAAGAUAAGAGACUUAGAAGUUGAUGAUGCAUAUGAAGGAAAGAAUUUGAUAAGAAAUUUGUUCAGCAAUAGGAAACUACUAGUUGUGCUAGAUGAUGUAAGUGAAAUAAGCCAACUAGAGAACCUUUCAAUAAAGAAAGCAUGGUUUGGUUCUAGAAGUAAGGUUAUUGUGACAACUAGAAAUAUACAAGUGUUGAUGGUGCAUGGAGAAUUUGAAACAUACAAGGCUAAAUUAUUAAAUGAUGGCGAAUCUCUUCAACUUCUUUGCAAGAGGGCUUUUAAAAUGGACAAACCUAAAAAAAAUUUUCUCAAGUUAUAUAAAAGUGUCAUCCACUAUGCUAAAGGCCUUCCUUUGACUCUUGAAGUCUUGGGUUCUUACCUUUGUGGAAGAAGUGAACUUGAAUGGAAUGUAGCUUUAGAGAAAAUUAAAAAGUUUCCACCAAGUAGUAUUCUAAAGAGACUUAGAAUAAGCUAUGAUGCAUUAGGUGAUGUGGAAAAGAAAAUCUUUUUGGACAUUGCAUGUUUUUUCAAGGGAAUGGUCAAAGAUCAAGUUAUGCAAAUAUUUGAAAUAUGUGGACUUUAUCUAUUACUUGCAAUAAGAGAACUUGUGGAAAAAUGCUUGAUAGUUGAAUACUAUUUUGAUUAUGGUACUUGGUGUUUUGGUAUGCAUGAUAUCCUUCAAGAAAUGGGUAAAAGUAUUAUUUUGGAGCAAUCACCCAAUGAUGCUAGUAAAAGAAGUAGGUUAUGGUCAGUAGAAGAUAUUGACCGCAUGAUGACAAACAACAAAGGUUCUGAUAUGGUGGAAGUUAUACAUCUUCAAUCAACUAUGCCAUAUGAGAUGCUGGAAAAGAUGAAGUUCAUUGAUCUAAGUUAUUCUGAAGAUUUUAGUAGAACUCCUAAUUUUUUUAUGCUUCCUAACCUUGAGCAACUAGUUCUCAAAGGUUGCAUAAAACUUGAUGAGGUUCACCCAUCACUUGGACAACUUAAGAAACUUGUUGUACUUGACUUGAAAGAUUGCAAGAAUCUUAAGGCUCUUCUACUUAGAAUGGAAAUGGAUUCAUUAAAUAAAUUGAUCCUUUCUGGUUGCUCAAAAGUUAAAAAGCUUCUUGAGUUUGGAGAAAAUAUGACCAACUUGUUUAUCCUUGAUCUCAAAAAUUGCAAAAACCUUGUUUGUCUUCUAAGGUCUACAUGUAACCUAAAAUCUCUCAAAAGUUUUAAUAUUUUAGGUUGCUCAAAAUUUUCUACAUUGCCACAAAAUCUAAAUGAAAAUAAGGUCCUAAAGGAGCUUGAUUUGAGUAUAACUGCCAUCAAAGAUGUACCUUCAUCCAUCAUUGGCCUACCAAAUUUAAAGUUACUAUAUUUGAAUGGAUGUAAAGGUCUAAGUUCAAGAUCCAAUUCAUUAGGAAGGAGCUUGCUUUCCCCAAUUCGAAAAAUAUUUGGGUAUGAUAAUGAAGCUCCCACAAGAUUGGUGUUUCCUUCUUUCAUCUCAAGUGUAGUGUCAUUAAAGGAAUUGUAUUUAGAUGACUGCAAUUUGAAAGUUGGAUCAAUUCUAAAUGAUCUUGGUCAUUUGUCAUCACUAGAGUUACUUAGUUUGAGUGGAAAUGACUUUAACAAUAUACCUGCUUGUAACUGGUUACUUUCAUCUUUAUCCUCAUGUCCUUCCUCAUUGAAGACUUUAAACAUAUGUCAAUGCAAUCUUAAUGAUGGGUCAAUUCUCGAAGAUCUUGGUUUUUUACCAUCACUGAUUCAACUUGGUCUACUAGGAAACAAUUUCACACAUUUACCUUCUUGUUGUAUCUUUAAUCUUUUUCAUCUUCAUACUCUUCAUUUGAGUCACUGCCCAAGGCUAAAAUUUUUGCCAAACCUUUCACCAAAUUUACAACGUAUAGAUACAGAUGCUUGUCAUUCAUUGCAACCAUUAUCAUUUCCAGAGUUGCUACUGAAGUGCAUUGCAUUUGCAAAUGCUUCUAUGGCAUAUUUUUCACAAAGCCAUGUAUACAACAUGGAAUUGGUUUUCUGGUGGAUUCUAGGGAAUGAGAUCCCAUCAUGGUUCUAUAAUCAAGACUUCCAAGUUCUUGACAAAAUUGUUGGGUUUCAAGAUAACUAUAUAGUCUGA